AUGGCCAAUUCGGAUUUCUUGAAUAAGGCGAUCGAGAUUGUCCAAAAAGCGAUCGACGAAGAUGUCAAGCAAAACUAUCAAGAGGCAUACAAGCUCUACCAGAACAGCUUGGACUACUUUAUGAUGGCCAUGAAGUACGAAAAGAAUGACAAGCUCAAAGAUCUCAUUCGCAAAAAGUUUACAGAGUACCUCGACCGAGCUGAGAAACUCAAGGAGCACCUCGCAAAGAGCUCCGAAGACCGAAAUCGAGCCGCCGUCGGUGCGAACGGUGCCGAAAAGGGCGUUGGUGGUAGCACCGGCGGCAAGAAGGAGGGCGACGAUGACGAUGUGGAUCCAGAGACAAAGAAGCUGCGAGCCGGUCUGUCGAGUGCAGUGCUUUCAGAGACUCCCAACGUGCGAUGGGACGACGUGGCGGGUCUGCAUACAGCAAAGGAAGCGCUCAAGGAAGCUGUCAUCUUGCCCAUCAAGUUCCCACAAAUGUUUACAGGUAAGAGGACGCCUUGGCGCGGCAUCCUCAUGUACGGUCCUCCAGGUACCGGAAAGUCGUUCCUCGCCAAAGCCGUCGCCACCGAGGCCAAGUCGACCUUCUUUAGUGUUUCGAGCUCGGACCUGGUGAGCAAGUGGAUGGGAGAGUCGGAACGAUUAGUUAAACAGCUCUUCCAAAUGGCGCGCGAGGCAAAGCCUUCCAUCAUUUUUAUCGACGAGGUCGAUUCUCUGUGCGGUACAAGAGGUGAAGGAGAGUCGGAAGCGUCGAGAAGAAUCAAGACCGAGUUUCUCGUGCAAAUGAACGGUGUCGGAAAUGACGAAACGGGCGUCCUUGUUCUCGGCGCCACCAACAUUCCCUGGGCGCUCGAUCUGGCCAUCAAGCGCCGUUUUGAGAAGCGCAUCUACAUUCCACUGCCAGAUCUUGAGGCGAGAAAGCGCAUGUUCGAGCUCAACGUCGGCGAGACUCCAUGUGCCCUAGACGGCAAGGAUUAUCGCAAGCUCGCAUCGUUGACGGAAGGCUAUUCGGGAUCCGACAUCAGCGUCCUCGUACGAGAUGCACUGAUGCAGCCAGUACGCAAGGUGACCGGUGCAACCCAUUUCAAAAAGGUCAUGGCACCAGCAAAACGCAAGACACAGCAGGAAAAGGCAAAGAAUGGCAGCGCGGACAAGGUUGCGCAUAGCGAUGCUGCUCAACAGGAUGGAGACGAGGCGGCUGUGGAAGACGAGGUUCAGGAGAUGAAGGAAUACCUCACGCCCUGCUCCCCAGGUGACGCCGAUGCGAUCGAAAUGACAUGGGACGACAUCGAAGGUGAGCAGCUUCUCGAGCCCAAGCUGGUCAUGAGCGACUUUUUGCGAGCCAUCCAGGCGGUUCGCCCGACGGUCACCAAAGCCGACAUCGAGAAGCACAUCGAGUUUACCAACGAGGCGGGUCUCGAAUGA